AGUCAAAAAUCUCAAAUCUCAACACGUGAGAUGACGCCGGUGGGCCGGUGGGCCGGUGAUGAAGUGACGUGGACGUUAACGGACAACGACAACCAAACGACAACAUAACAUGGGAAUAUGGAAAUAAACAUCUUCCAUAAUAUGGAAUCCAUAUCACUGGAAUAAACUGAAACUGAACCCUACACCUAACCCAUUUGAAGAAAACCAAGAAACUGAAAAAGGUUAUCUCCAAGAGAACAAUAUGGAGGCACUAAAUGAAGAUUCAUCCCACGAAGAAAAUGACAUGGAUCCACGUGCUGAAGGAGAAAGUGAAAGUGAAGAUUCAUCCUACGAAGAGAGUGACAUAGAUCCACGUGCUGAAGGAGAAAGUAAAAGCGAAGAUUCAUCUCACGAAGAAAGUGACAUGGAUCCACGUGCUGAAGGAGAAAGUAAAAGUGAAGAUUCAUCUCACGAAGAAAGUGACAUGGAUUCACGUGCUGAAGGAGAAACAGUAAAUAAAAAUAUGACAGUUGUGGACAAACAAUUGGAAACACACAUUGGAAAAAAAUCUCACAAGUGUGAAAUCUGUUUAAAGCCGUUUACUCGAGCUGAUAUUUUGAAAUCACAUAUGAUUACUCACACUGGAGAAAAACCUCACAAGUGUGACAUUUGUUUUAAGCAAUAUAGUACAGCAGAAAUUUUGAAAACACACAGAAGACUACAUACUGGAGAAAAACCAUUCAAAUGUCAAUUUUGUUUUAAAGAGUUUUCUGAUCGAAGUAAUUUAAUAAGUCAUUUGAGAGUGCACCCUGAAGCAAAAAAACUGCGGAGGGUAAAGUGUGGAAUUUGUUCUAAGCAGUUUGCUAAAAAGAAAUCUUUAACUUUACACAUGAAAGAUCACACUGAAGGAGAAGCUUACAAAUGUAACAUUUGUUUUAAGCUUUUUACGCUAGCAGGUAAUUUAAAAGCACAUUUGAGAAUACACACGGGAGUAAAACCUCACAAGUGUGAAACGUGUUUAAAGCAGUUUUAUACAACAAGAGAUUUGAAAAGACAUUUGAGAGUGCACACUGGAGAAAAAAAUUAUAAGUGUGAAAUUUGUUUUAAGUUAUUUAGUGAUGCAGGUCGUUUGAAAAUGCAUUUGAGAAUACAUACUGGAGAAAAACCUCAUAAGUGUGAAGUAUGUUUGAAGCAGUUUAUUACAGCAACUCAUUUGAAAAGACAUUCGAUAGUGCACACUGGGGAAAAAACUCAUAAGUGUGAAAUUUGUUUUAAGCACUUUAGUGAAGCAUAUAAAUUGAAAGCACAUUUGAGAGUGCACACUGGGGAGAAACCUUAUCAGUGUGAUGUUUGUUUUCAAAAGUUUACUUCAGCACAAUAUUUGGAAAAGCAUUCGAUAGUACACACUAAAGGAAAACCCAAGUGUGAAAUUUGUUUUAAGGAGUUUACUACAGAACAAGCUUUGAAAGUACAUUCAAGAAUACACAGUGGAGAAAAACCUCACAAAUGUGAAAUUUGUCCAAUGCAGUUUACCUUAGCAAGUUCUUUGAAAGCACAUUUGACAGUACACUCUGGGGGAAAACCUCACAAGUGUGAAAUUUGUUCUAAGCAAUUCAGUAGGGAAACUCAUUUAAAACUACAUGUGCGAACACAUACUGGAGAUAAACCGUUCAAAUGUGAAAUUUGUUCUAAACAGUUUACUGAUCAAAGUUAUUUAAAAAGACAUUUGCUAUCACACUCCGAAGAAAAACCUCAUAAGUGUGAAACUUGUCCUAAACAGUUUACUACAGAAACAUCUUUGAAAGCACAUUUGAGAGUGCACACUGGGGAAAAACCUCACAAGUGUGCAAUUUGUUUUAAGCAAUUUAGUGAAGUAAGUAAUUUUAGAGUACAUUUGAGAACCCACGGAGGAGAAAAAUCUCAUAAGUGUAAAAUUUGUUUUAAGCAAUUUAGUGAAGCAAGUUAUUUGAAAAGACAUUUGAAAGUGCACACUGGGAAAAAACUUCACAAGUGUGAAAUUUGUUUUAAGCAAUUUAGGGAGUCGGGUAAUUUGAAAGCACAUUUGAGAGUACAUUCUGGAGAAAAACCUCAUAAGUGUGAAAUUUGUUUUAAAGAGUUUUCCCUAUCAAAUAACUUGAAAAGACAUUUGAGAGUGCACACUGGAGAAAGACGCUACAAAUGUGAAAUUUGUUCUAAGCAAUUUACUUCAGCAACUUAUUUGAAAUCACAUUUGAGAGUGCACACUGGGGAAAAACCUCAGAAGUGUGAAAUUUGUUCUAAACAAUUUAGUGAAGCAGCUAGCUUGAAAAGACAUUUAAAAACGCAUACUGAAGAAAGACCUUUUAAGUGCAAAAUUUGUUUUAAGCGGUUUAGUCAAGCAAUUCAUUUGAAAACACAUUCGAAAGUGCACACCAAGCAAAAACCUCAUAAGUGCGAGAUUUGUUUUAAGCAAUUUUCUAAAACAAGUACUUUAAAAAAUCACUCGAAAAUACACGCUGAAGAAGAACUUUACGAAUGUGAAAUUUGUUUGGAGGAAUUUCGUGAACGAAGUGAUUUGAAAACACAUUUGAGAGUGCACUCUAAAGAAUAGUCUUGACAUUUGUUCUAACUCUUCGGCACACCGGAUUCAAAUUUGAACAACCAAAUUUUUGCUACAUGUUGCACACUGGUCCAGAAAUAGAACCACUUACUAAUCUAUUUUUAUCAAGUUACACCUACGCAAGAGAUUUGUGUUACUUAUUCCGUCUGUCCCUAUUAAAUACAUUUAAUUGUAGUUUUCUUGACGUUUGUAAAUUAUAUGAUAGUUGUCAAAAAUAAUAGCGUAAGAAAUAGCAUUGUUCUUGAUUCUCUUUUUAGGUUUGUAUUUUUUAAGUUAUUUUAGUUAAAUUACUCUUGUUAAUCUAUAUUGUACAUAUUUUAAAAAUAAUAAACUCUUUUUAGAUGAA